AUGGAUACGCCUCCAACUUCCCCUACUUUCCCCAUCGGCACCACAAUGCCCCAAAAGGUCUUAAAGAAAUCACAGAUGUCUCCUAUGCAUAACACAUUGCCUCUAUCACCAAACAAGAGCUUGCAUUCAGAAUAUCUAGCCAGGAACCCGGUUGUAUCCGAACGUAAUCAGAAAUCUUUGGUUUACUUGAAAGAGGACCUACAAUCUCUUCUCAUUUCUCCAACCAAACCUACGUUUAUUAGCAGUUCUCACAUGUUGGACUUUUUGGGAAACCACUAUUCUAAGGAAAAUAUAAUGACAAGAGAUGAUCUCGUGCUAAGUUUGUUGUCAAAACGAGUUGAUUUCCCAAGCUCCGAACGUAAGUCAUUUAAUAUAUCGAGCACACAAAUGGGCAGCGGGAAUUACUCAAUUGUUUAUGAGAUGACUCAGCAAGAUGGUCAGACUUUAAUACUCAAGUUUCCAAAGACAAAGAGAAAAUCUAAGUUUUUAUUAAAUGAGGCCCUGAUUUUAGCAUAUUUACAUGAUGGCAGCUUUAAUGACAUUCAUAUUGUUCCAAUGGAUGGUAUAUCAUACAUCAAUAAAUCUUACUAUAAGAAUUUGAGGUACAACGAAAAUGUGCCAUGUCUGAUCUUGGAAAAAUUUGAUCUCAAUUUGAAGCAACUUAUAGCCAUCUUGAAGAAAAAUGGUCAAGAUAUUUCCUUUGAAUUGAAGAAAAAGAUGUGGUGGAAAUUAUUUAAAGAACUUAUGAUGGUAUUUGUGCAUUUGAAGUCUAGAAAUGUUGUUCAUGGUGAUAUCAAAACUUCAAAUAUUCUAGUUAAGGGUACCGAAUUGAAUGAAGAUAUGCAUUUCUAUAUUUGUGAUUUUACAUCAUCUUUCAUCAAUUUAUCGAAUGAUGAGUAUUUGAAUGAAAAUGUCAAUCAUGAAAUGAAUCACUCCAAUUUUGAAACAACCUUAGAAUAUUGUCCUCCUCAAUUUGUUGAAACGUUCUUAAGCAAUGAUAAUUUUGAGUUUAGUUACGAAACGGACCUGUAUUCAUUUGGACUGGUACUUCUAUCCUAUAUAACUGAAGAAGAGCCUUUUAAAGAAUUACAGAGUUUAAGGUACCAUAGUUCUGACACAGAAGCUAUGCCAAAUGGUGCACACAUGAUUAACACUUCUAACUGGUUAAUCAAUGUCAUUCAGAAAAAUGAUCCAAUAAAUUUAAAUAUCAAUUACAAGACCCAUUUAUUAGAGAUUUGGUCCGUGGAACUUUCCAUAGUUUCUAAAAUCUUAGUUGAUAGAAUUUCAUUAGAAGAUUGUAUGACAUACGUAACAAAUUGA